AUGAAAGAAUACAAACGCUUUUUAUUAUAUGGUUUAGUUGUUGGUACUGUCAUUGGUUUUUAUUUAAUAUUUAAUUUAAAAUCGUUCGUAUCGUAUAAAAAUGUAUUCAUUGACAAGACUGAUUUUGUAUUAUCAUCACGGUUAAUAAUCUAUAAUAAGACGUGCGGUCUUCAACAUUGGAAAGAGAAGAAAAACUUUGGACACAGAGAUGACAUACCUUUUUUUUCUAUUCUAAGUACAAUUUUAGAUUCAACAGAAAAGAAAAUAAUUAUAAUAGAAUUUGGAGCAAAUGUUGGACAAUUUAGUGAAAGAGUAUUAAGUAUACCACAUAAAAUACCAUAUAUUGUACAUUCUAUUGAACCCGUUGUUACUUUGUUUCAUUUAUUAAGAAAUCGUUCGCGAACAUUCAAGAAACAAAAAAAUGAUAAACAUUUUCAUUAUAAUCUUGCUAUUAGUGAUCAAUCGGGUGAAAAACCAAUUUAUUCACCAAGUCAAUAUGGAGAAGGUUCAACAUUAGGAAAAGCAUUCUUACCCAAUUUUAAAGAAAUAGAAAAUGUUACUGUGACGACAUUACCUGAAUUUAUUAAAAAAUAUCAUAUUAAAACACCAAUAUCUUUUAUUAAAAUAGAUGUUGAAGGAUUCGAACCAGAAGUUAUUCGAGGAAUGAAUUUAUCGAUAAAUGCUAAGAUAUUUCCUUUAUUCUCAUUUGAAACUGGUGAGACAUGGUUAGAUGAUCGAUCUGUUCUUGCAAAAGAAUAUACACUAAAAUCAUUUGUAGAAAUGUUAAAUUAUUUUCAAUAUGAUUCUUAUUUUAUUGGUAAUCCAUAUCUUUUACGUAUUAGUGGAACUUAUUGGAAUAAUUCUUUCGAUGGUCUUAGACGAAAUCCAAAUGUUUUAGCAAUACUACGUCAUUCUCAACCUUGGAAAAAUCUAAAAAAAUUACUCAGUCGUAUUCCCUUCACUUCUUGUUAA